AUGGGUCUGCUCCUGAAGGUCAUCAUCCCCUUGAUGGGGCUGGGGCUGGCCGUGUAUUUUUACUCAGCACCUGAGAAUUUCAGCGAGGAGAUGCUCCGGGGGAAGCGGGUGAUCGUGACGGGAGCCAGCAGCGGCAUCGGGGAGCAGAUGGCGUACCACCUGGCACGCAUGGGGGCCCACGUCCUGCUCACGGCACGGACGGAGGCAAAGCUGCAGAAGGUUGUGGAGCGGUGCCUGGAGCUGGGCGCCGCGUCUGCCCGCUUCGUGAGCGGCUCCAUGGAGGACACCGCGUUCGCCGAGGAGGUGGUGAAGGAGGCCGAGAACACCUGGGGAGGCCUCGAUAUGCUCAUCCUGAAUCACAUCGGCUACUCUUACUUCAACUACUUUGAUGGGGAUGUGGAACAUGUACGAAAGCUCCUGGAGACCAACUUCCUCAGCUACGUGGCGAUGACCGUGACUGCCCUUCCCAUGCUGAAGGAGAGCGAAGGCAGCAUCGUCGUCGUUUCGUCUGUGGCAGGUAAAGCCGGUAGCCCGUUUGUUGCUCCCUAUUCUGCAACAAAGUUUGCCUUGGAUGGAUUUUUCAGCUCCUUGCGACAUGAGUUCAUCAUAGACAACGUCAACGUUUCCAUCACGCUCUGCAUCCUGGGUUUCAUUGACACAGACAGCGCGAUGCGGGUGGUCUCGCACGCCAUCAGGGUGGCCCCAUCGCCCAAGGAGGAGUGCGCGCUGGAGAUCAUCCGCAGCGGGGCCCUGCGCCAGCGCGAGCUGCACUACCCACCCAGCACCGUGACCGGGAUGCUGCUCCUGCGCAGCCUGGCCCCCGACUUGCUCGACACCCUCAUCAGGAGCAACGUCAUCGUGGAAAAUGUCAGGAGAGCACCGCCGCCCCACAGUACCACGGUGCCCCCGGCCGGCUCCCCGGGGUCGGGGCGUUAG